AGGAUGUUGGAGAAACUUGAACUCCCCAACCCAACAUCGUCCGAGUUGUUCAAAGCCUCGGGGGACCAUCUCCGCCACUUCUUAGUGAUCCUGACCUCUACUUCGUCAUCACUCAGCCUAGUGACCCUAGCACCAUCCGUGUCUUGUCAAAACACGUUCGUCGGGCUUAAUAAAGCUCUUGUCUCAGCCUCAUCAAGCACAGCCUGAUCAGCAGCAGCAUGCGGUCAACAGCGUAUGAUGUGAUCACAUUCAACAGCCCCUUAAUGAAGCCGGACACUACUGCACGAGCGUGCGCUCACUGUCAUGCAAAGAAAAUCCGCUGCAUAGGCCGAACUGGUCAAGCACGAUGCGAUGCAUGCCGACUUGCGCUCGUGCCGUGUGUCUCAAGGUCUCGAAAGAAACGACAAAUCACCAGGAAAACCUCAGUCCGAACACCUACUGCUGAUUCCAGCAUCGGAGAUAUCUCUGACACGAUCGCCUCCGCAACACCUCAUGGUUCGGAGCCGAUCCGAUUAACAUCGCAUGACCGUGUCCAGCAAUCGUUGCCACACGCAGCCAGCAGCAUAAGAUCGAAGGUGCCGUUGACCGCCAGUCCUGGCGCCAACAAAGCACCUCAGGUCCCGAUAACUGUUGUCGGACCUAGCUUGCAAUGGGAUGAUUUUCAGUCGCAAACAGGAAUGGAAGUCACUCAUCAGGUUCCACUGAUUGACCAGGCCACUCAGAUUUCACCAUCAACGACCAUGACUGAAAAUGCCACAUUUAUCGGAAGAGACCAUUACAUCUGGGAAGAGGAACAGAUUGACGAGACUACGGCUCGGGCAUUCCAUGCUUCUACCCCUCACGACGUCUCGAACAUCGCAUCACAAACGCUCCAAUUGUGGAAGACAUUUGAAGUCCCGGCUAAGUCUGCUAGAGCCAGCCUUGUAGACUCGUACCGUCGACGCUGUUAUCCUUGGACGCCAGUACUGGAGAGACACGACGAUGUGCAGAUUACCACCCAAACCGAGAGCUCCAUGUUUCUAUCUCAAUGUCUUUUUCUAGCCGCAAGCAGGGUGUCUUCUUCCCCCAUGGUAACAGCUUACGCGACUUCAGAACAAUUCUACCAACGAGCUAAAACGCUCUUCUGGCUCUCUCCAGGAAAGGAUCCGUUGAUCGUGCUCAAGGGUAUCUUAAUGCUUCAGUGGUUCAACCCUGAUGGUCCAGAACAUUUAUCGUUGGACUCGAGCGAAUUCUGGCUCAAGAUCGGAGUCGGAAUAGCCCACCAGAUCGGCCUGCAUCGAGAGGACGCCGCACCAAAUCGCAGGGCACUUCGAAGAAGGUUAUGGUGGUCUCUUGUGGCUCGAGAUUGCUUGAUAUCAGCUUCCCACGGCCGGCCUCGCGCUAUUAACCUGGAGGACUGUCAGGUGCGGCCACCGGAACGCAGCGACUUUCCUGAUGACCGCUGCGAGGCAGACAUAUUCAUACCUUAUGUUGAAAUAUGUUGUUUGCUCGGUGAUAUCACAGACUGCUGUUCCAGACAUCAUUUACCGUCAUCGAAACGAUUGCAGAUCGAGAGCAUGCUCUUUCGCUGGCUGCGAACAUUAUCGCCGGCGUUGCGUUUGACGCCAACGAACCCUUCCAACGCUUAUACCGCCACGGAUGACAACUAUGAUGCGCGUCUACUGCAUAUACACUAUCUUACGACAAUCUCCAUGCUGAGCAGAUAUACUACUCCGAAAGAGUAUGUCCCUCAUGAAGCAGUGUUUGCAGCAUCUUUCGCUGCCGGGAUCUUUGAAACACUCCUUGCUCGCGACGAAAUCAAGUUCCUUCCACCACCAUUUACCAUCUUCUGUCUGAUAUGCUCAAUGGUUCUUGUGUCUCUUCGUCCUUUCAACUGUCUCUGGCAGGCUGCGCAACCUGACCUCUUAAUCUUCCGGGAAUGUUUGUUGCAAUUGUCCAAGCGCUGGAGGUCAGCCAUUGGGGCUUCGAAAGCGUUGCAAAAUGCUCUUGAUAAAAACAAGCACGCCAGUACAUCAAGACCGUUCAGAACUUGGCAGUGGGACCAGGUCACUGCCUGCCAAUAUUUUGAAGGCUAUGCUUUGGAGCUUUGUCGCAUGUGGCAAGUCGUACAAAGUGAAGCUGCCGAGGAGGGUCCGCCGCUGGGUUUGGGGAACGAAGAUCCGGUGUCUCAGGGACCCCUCGAUUGUCUCCAUGGUCUUGAAGCGGAUCCUUUCCUCAGCAAUGGGGUGAAUUCUAUGGCUGUGACUGGUCCCGAGGACGACGUGAUGGCUUUCUUCCAGUACGACCAUAUUAAUCACUGGGUGUUCGAUGAUGGGAACUUUACCGACUUCUGAAUUGUUGCCUAUCACCGACGAGCCUGUUUCGAGAAAAAGUGGCACAAUCUCACGGCUGUAGCUGGUCAGGUUCAAAUGAAUACCAUCCUGAUUGUCAUCCCAGAGUCCUUCACACACAACAGCAUAGCGUUGGCCUUUGUCAGAGAGGAGG